AUGCCUGCUCUGCCUGGACUUUGGAGGCGGCCGGAGGCCCGUUCUUCUUCUUCAUCUUCUCGCGCUCCGGAAGCGCAAGGUCAUUUCCUUCGCUUUCUUACUCCCAACUCUGCGCGUUCUCUGAGUUCUCGAUCCGGUGACAAGGCAUCCAACGCUCAGUCAGUCGAGAUAGAUGGGGCUUCAUCAUCAGUCGCUCCGUCUGUCCUUACUCCUUCUUCUUCUUCCAAUUCUGGCCCAUCCGACGCCACACCAGCCAAGGUUAACGACUCCAAAUCAUCAAAGUCCGAAGACUCUACCACGGGUCCGGCAGCUGCUGGCAGUCCUGACUCGAAGGAAGAAUCGAAGCAAGACACACGUCCGACCUCGACAGCCGAUGCAGCACCUCAAACUACCUCCUCGGCUAAGGUUGACGACACCCCAAGCCCUGUAGCGACAACCUCCCAGGCUGCAAUCACCACUGAUGAUGCACCCACUGGCGGAAAAGAGUCCCAGACGCGUUCUCAAGAAAUUCAAUCUGCCACGCGCGUUCAAGUUGUCGAUCCGCUGACAUCUUUGUUGCCCAUUCUCGGAGGUGGUGGAGAUGAUGACGCAGCGACGACAAGGACAACGCCAACUGUUACAUCCCAGGCAACAAUUCCUACGACGUCUGACAGUUCCAAGUCGGGCUCCUCAGGCGGCCUUGGUCUUGGUGGCAUCAUCCCUCCGAUUAUUGACCCUCUGACAUCGCUCAUCCAAGUUGGUCUCGGAAGUCAACGGCCAUCUGAAUCAGCCACACAGGACAUCGGUGCGACGACUUCUACUGCUGAAAACACCAAACCCACCAACCCGGGUCUUGGUGGCAUUAUCCCGCCCAUCAUUGACCCUCUCACGUCUCUUCUUGGACUGGGUGGUGACUCGAAGACUCAAGCGCCGACUUCCACUGUGCAGGAUACCAAGCCAACUGAUCCUGUCUUGCCACCUCUUCUGCCACCUAUCCUCGAUCCUAUUACGUCUGUCAUUGGAUCUGUCCUCGGAGGAGGAAAUGGUGGGCAGCAGACACAAGCACCAUCGGCAUCAGGCAACAAUGGACAAGGUGGAAAGGCUACAGAUGCUCCUCUUCCACCUCUUCUGCCACCGAUUGUACCGCCUAUCCUUGAUCCUAUUACCUCCGUCAUUGGUUCUGUUCUCGGAGGAGGAAAGGGCGGACAGCAGACCCAAGUCCCAUCAGCACCCGCCAACAACGGACAAGGUGGCAAAGCAACGGACUCUCCGCUUCCACCUGUUCUGCCCCCACCCAUCCUGAACCCGGUUACGUCCCUCCUUGGAUCUGUCCUCGGAGGAAACGGUGGUGGGAAUGGCGGCCAACAAACUCAAGUGCCAUCUGCACCAGCAAACAACGAGCAAGGUGGAAAAGCUACAGAUCCACCCAAGGCCUCCGACCCUCCCAAGGCUACCAACCCACAAACGGCCCCGACGGUGUCUGCUACGCCGCCUGCCAAUGGAAAUGGUUCCAGCGGAAAUGGUAACUCUGGAGCUGGUGCCCCCGUGGUCUCGGCCCCCGUUGCCAACCAAGGCGCCAACGGAAACGCGGCUGGAAAUGGCGCAAGUUCAGCUGCUCAAGUCACUGAUGCUGCUUCAUCUGCAGCGAGCACUAGUACUGAUUCAUCUGCCUCUCCCGUCAACACCAGUGGCCUUCCCGUUAACAACAAUCCUGCCCCCAAGAUCGGUGGAGGUGGAGGUUCAGGACCUGCCCCAACAACUUUUGCUGUUCUCGGAAACCAGCCUAGCGUUACUCUAAGCACAAGCACCUCGUUGAUUGUCACCCAGAGCCCCGUUCCAACAGUUAUCAAUGGUGUUUCAACGACUAUCGAUAUCCCCGUCACCAGCACUUCGCUUGCCUUGAUCCCCAUUGGCACAAGUGGUGCUUCUUCCAAUGGAUCGUCCCAGAAGGCUAAGAUGGGAGUCAUGGUUGGAGGCAUUGUUGGUGGUCUAUUCGGUCUUGUGGCUCUCGUGUUGCUCUUCGUCUUUAUCCGCCGUCGUCGCCAGAACAACGCACUCUACCUGAGCUCCCGACUUGAUGUCGAGAAAAUGCCUGGGCCUCGCCAUGGUGCCCCCAUCUUCUCGAUCAUUGGGCCGUCAAAGAACUCUUCACGUGCUGUGCCUGCGAUCGUUGUCGACGCGCCUCCUCCGCCAAUGGUCCAGGUUGCCCCAGUCCCGACUUACCACGUCCACAAGAAGCCUGCGCCGAGCCUGACGGAACAAGACAUGGCUAACAUCAUGGCUGCCCCUGCCUCGUACAUGGUGGACGCCGACCAACCCACGUCUUCCACCGCAUCAAUGGUCUUUGACAAGAACACUUUUGCCCAGUCGCUCGAGCAGCAGAACCCCACAUUUGCCGGAAGCACCGCCAACCCGUUCGCUGACCCGGUUAACCCCUUCGCCGAUCCAGCCAAACCGAACACAGCCACCACCCGCGUCUCGCAAAUGCCAGAAAUUCCCCGCCAUCUGCGCAUGUCCACCACGUCGUCGGCGCUCGCUCGCGAGGACGGCAACAUCUCGCCCACCAGCACGAUUUAUCAUGACGGAUUUGCUAUCUAA